AAUAUCUGAUAUCUAAGACGUCAGCUCAUCCCACCACCCCAACCAAAGUUUGGGAAAGUUUUUGACUGAAUUUGGAAACAAGUUCACGACUCUUCAAUCCUUAUACUCCAACUGCCACUCUUGACUUUGCCUUUCGCUCCAACUCGGCAACUCCUCUCCAUAAGUUAGCCCUUUUUUUUUUUGAAAUUCGAAGGAGCAAGGUAAAUUUUUUGAAUUAUUCGAAUUUUCAUGUUAUCACAAUUUGCAAUUUGGUUCAUGAAGAUAUUGUAAUUUGAAGUAUAAGCUUAUAAAGAAAGAAAAGUACUCCUAUAGAUUCUGAAUUUUUUUGUAUCUUAUAUGAUUCUUAUUUUGCUCACUUAUCUAUAUAAAUAAAGGGAUUCUAGCUGAAUGUUUUUGAAGAGAAGUGAACUGGGUUUUGAAAUUUAUGAUCUGAAAUUGAUAAUAGCCAAUUGGGUAGUUGGGAAUAGCUGCAGAAAUGAAUUGGGUACUGGUAAUUUUGUUUAUAGUUAGUUUUUCAUAUUUCUACUCAACUUUGGGUGCAUCAGAGUGUCCUAUGGAUCUAAAUUAUGUUCAAACACUCCCAUGGGACACUUCACAGUGCCAUGGAAAAACCCCAGUAGAUGAUCCAAGAACCAGUUGUUGCCAAACACUUUUGAGUUUGUUUGGCAUAGGUCUUGCCCAUAAUCUGAAGGAAACUUCCCUCUUUGGAAUUGAAGAUGUUAAUACUUCAAUAUCUUGUCUCUCUGAAUUCCAAACCAAGCUUAAUUCUCUGUCUCUUUUCCCAAAUUUGACGUCAAUAUGUUUCAGCCCUUCACAGUUUGUAAUUACUCCUGAUGUUUGUGCUGGCAUUGUUUCGACUCGAAACUGGAUUGAUAAACUUGGCACGAAUACUUCUUUAGACCAAGCUUGUCGACCUGACCUGUCUGAUCUAACUGCCUGUGACACCUGCUACACUGCUGGCACGAGAGUACAGGCACAGUUGAUUUCCAUUGAUGGGAACACUUCACAUGCCAGAGAUUGCUUUUAUUUCACCAUACUUUAUGCAGCUGGUAUGGUCAAUAAUUUUGGCCCACAGAGUGUUGGAACAACUUCAUGUAUGUUUCAACUUUCAUUAGUGUCAUCAACUAGGUCAAACCAUACGCGCCAUUCAAAGCUGCAUCUGGGUCUAAUAGGUGUUGGUAUAGUUGUGUUUGUAAUAAUAUCUCUGCUUGGUUUUUGCUUCUGGUAUUACAAGAAAUUUCAGAAGAAAAAGGAUAAUGAAGUAGAAUUGGAUACAGAACAAGGAAGUAGGCCUAAAAUGCGACCUAACACUGGUGCAAUAUGGUUUAAAAUUGAAGACCUUGAGAGGGCAACUAACAAAUUCUCGCCUAAGAAUUUUAUUGGUCGUGGUGGAUUCGGAAUGGUAUACAAGGGAACAUUAUCCGAUGGAACAGAAGUUGCAGUCAAAAAGAUUACUGAACCCAACUUUGAAAGGGAUUCUGAUUUUCGAAACGAGGUUGAGAUAAUCAGCAACUUGAGGCAUAGGAACUUGGUGCCCCUUAGAGGAUGUUGCAUGAUAGAUGAGGGUGAGAAUGAUGAUGAGUAUGGAGGAAAACAGAGAUACCUUGUAUAUGAAUACAUGCUGAAUGGAAAUCUUGAUGAACAUCUUUUUCAAAAUUCUGCAAACCGAAGUGGGGUACACAGCAUACCAUUAACAUGGCCCCAAAGGAAAUGCAUAAUAUUGGAUGUGGCAAGAGGGCUAGCUUAUCUUCAUUAUGGAGUAAAACCUGCAAUCUACCAUCGGGACAUCAAGGCCACCAACAUUCUCUUAGAUUCAGAUAUGAGAGCAAGGGUUGCUGAUUUUGGAUUGGCUAAACAAAUCAAGGAAGGCCAUUCUCAUCUCACUACGAGAGUGGCAGGCACUCAUGGUUAUUUGGCCCCUGAAUAUGCACUUUAUGGGCAGCUAACUGAGAAGAGUGAUGUCUACAGUUUCGGGGUAGUUGUUUUGGAGAUAAUGUGCGGGAGAAGGGCCCUUGAUCUGUCAGCUUUAGGGUCCUCCACCACUGUCUUAAUAACAGAUUGGGCGUGGUCUUUGGUUAAAGAAGGAAGACUGGAAGAGGUUGUGGAUGCUUUCUUGCUUAAAGAGGGGGAUAACUUGGAGCUGAACCCAAGGGGAAUAAUGGAACGGUUUGUUCGUGUCGGUAUCCUGUGUGCCCAUGUUAUGGUUGCAUUAAGGCCUACAAUCUCAGAUGCCCUCAAAAUGUUGGAAGGUGACAUUGAAGUUCCUCAGAUCUCAGACCGGCCCAUGCCUUUUGGGCAUCCAUCUUUCCAUAGAGACGGUAACCCUUUCAGUAUAUCACCAGUUUUGAGUGGGCUGAUUUUGAAUUCUGGCGAGAUGCUUAGGUAAUUAAGGUUGAGUACGUGCUCCAAUUACUCUUUGCUGCAGAGUCAACUACUGGAGGAAGCUAUGUUGCCCAUGCUAGUAAUCUAGGUGCCGUUUACAGAAAAAUAAAGAUAUGAGAACAACCGAAAGUAUCUUGUGAAGACUUGGAUACACAUGUUUUGCUUCAGUAAAGAAAAGGAAUGCUCACUGCUGUGGUCUGUGUCAUAAAGUUAGCAGAUAAAGCCUCCAUGAUUUUAUGUAUUACAGAGGAAGAUGUAAAAUCAUUUUCUUGUGAAAUUUCCGGUAGCGAAUGAACCUUAUCCUCAUUGUUCUUUUGCUUUUAACACAGAAUGAAAAUUGAGUGUAAGGGAGUAUUUAUUCGCAUUAUUAGCUACCAGUUUCGUCAGAUAUCUGUCAAACACUGAGUGUUUGUUAGUGUACGAGACUUUUAACAGGUUAGGAUGUAGCUUCUGUUGUUGUGCAUCAAUUUAGCAUCAUGUACAUGCUGUUUUUUUCUCU